GUCACAAUUUAAAACAUGAAUAAAAUAUUACUUUUCCUGCUCAUCGCAACGAUGUCAUCUUAUGCUAAUUCAGCAGAAUUAACCUGCAAUAUUGAUCCAAAUUCAGGGUCUUGCACGAUUGUUAAUAUGACAGAAAUAUCUCAACACAAUGAAGCAAUAACAGUUGUUGGACAGGCAUCAAAUUAUAUUAGCAGUACAACAACAAUGGUUAGCUUUAUGGAAGGCUUUGUAAUCAGAUACAUUCCAACCAAGAUCUUCAGCAUCUUUCCUAACCAGUGUUGCAAAUGUAGAUGUCUACACUAGAUGAAGAAUGUAGAUUCUUCAAUAGUUUUUGUCUAGCUAAGAAACUUUCUUCAUAAAGAUCGAUUCUAUAUGAAGAUAGAAAAUCUAAUCUACACAAAGAUUAUUUCUACAUAAAGAUUCUGUCUACAUAAAGAUUCGAUGUAGAUGUCUACAAUUCUACAUUUUUUCCAGGUCUACAUCAGAGAAGAAUGUAGAAUUGUAGACAUCUACAUCGAAUCUUUAUGUAGACAGAUUCUUUAUGUAGAAAUAAUCUUUGUGUAAAUUAGAUUUUCUAUCUUCAUAUAGAAUCGAUCUUUAUGAAGAAAUUUCUGUCUCAGAAUUUAUCUGAUCCAGACAAAUGGCCAGAAUGCAACACUGUUCCUAACCUUGAAAACUUUGUUUUGUACAAUAGUUCCUUAACAUAUAUAGUGACUGAUUCCUUUGCAAACUGUGCAUCAUUAAAAUUGAUUUACAUCGCAAAGACUUACGUGAAAAAUCUUCCUGCUGGAUUCGCUCAAACCUGCUCAAAUUUAAAUUCAUUUGGAUUGAUGGAGAGCAUGGUUGAAACUGUUGACGCUGAUGCUUUUAGAGGACUUAGCAAUUUGAAUAUGAUAUCAAUGCCAAACAAUAAGAUUUCUUGUAUUCCUGCAACUUUGUUUCAACCGACACCAAACUUAGCUUCAAUUGGUUUUGAAAUGAAUUUGAUUACAGGUUUAGAUUCAAUGAUUAUAAAGGGUCUUAAAGCUUUGAACAAUUUCAACUUUUACAAUAAUCAAAUACAAAGUUUGCCUCAAUUUGACUUGACUGAUGUUGGUAUUUUCCAUGGACUCAUACUUGGAUUUUACAACAAUCCAAUAAAUGCCAUCAAUCCUAAUUUACUUUCAUUUUUCUCAAGCAGACCUAAAAAUAUUACUGAUUCCAUAUAUGUUCAAGGUACAACAUGCAUUCAGGAUCAAGCAUUUACCUCAAUCUCAACAAAUGAUUACCAAAAUGCUGGUUCAAAGCUUCAAACUUGUUACAAUAAUUGGCAACCAUCAAUGGCAACUCCACCGAUAUGUCCACUAAGCUCAACAGUCACAACAGUUCCACCAACUUCUUUGGCAACAACCAUAGCUCCACCAACCUCUGGAACAUGCCCAUCAGAUAAGGUUUGUCGUUAUUUCCUCGAUCAAUACAAUAGAUAUACUUGCAUCCUUGAUGGAGUUGAUUCCCUUCUAACAUCAAUUGCUGGAAAUCAUUUGAUUACUUUCGAUGACUUGACUGUUCGUCGUGUUGUCUUUACAAACUCAUUUUUGUCACGCAUUCCACCAAUUCUAUUCCAAAAGUUUCCAAAUCUUGAAUACCUCACUGCAUCUAAUAGUUCAAUGAGUUCGAUCAAUACAAAAACUUUUGGUACAACAUGUGGAAAUUUAAAGUUCUUUGAUGCAAGUUACAAUGACAUCACAAGUGUCGAUGGAGCUUCUUUUAAGAGUUGUUCCAAGAUUGAAGUUGUUGAUUUGACAGGAAAUCAAUUCAGUUCCAUUGAUGGACAAUUGUUUAUCAAUAAUCCAACAUUGAAGAAUAUUUACAUUAACAGACCUCCAUCGAUGGUCUUGUUGUAAUUUUUUUUUUUUUUUUUUUUUUUUAA